AUGCUUUUCACUUCUGCGUGUGUUAGAAGGUGGGUCAUUUACUUGGCCAACCAAAUUGACGAUUCACAAAUUAUUGCAUGCACAGUCAUCAGAAUAGGUCUUGUUUCAUUUUCUGAAUCGGACAAGCGUUCCGUUUAUUGCAGAGAGUUUAUUGGCUUUGGGUUGACAAUUGGGACUAUCCACAUAAAGCUAUUAACCUGCACUUCUGAUUGGCACGUGGAGUUUAUUUUGUGUAGUAUUCAUUAUACAGUGAUUGAUGUCCCUCUCAUGAUUCUGCUCACUUCCAACUCUUCUAUAGUAUUGGAUAAUUUAAACCGUAAGACAUGUUCUAAUGUGGUACGCAGGCCAACGAAAAGGGCCAUUCGAUCCCACGCAAUGCAACCAUAUGGUGUGGAGGGAGUGAAUGUGUUAAAAAAACAAGUUUCACCUGAGAUGACACAAGGAGAGUGCUCGAGUUAUCUAAUGAUGAAUGGUGCAGAAGAAGUAAAUGAGAGCUUUGAGAAUCAUAUCUACCGAGAGAUUAGGGACAAAAGGCUUUGCUUGGAAAUGACACAAAGAUCUUAA